CCCCCCAAUGCACCACUGUUCAUCAUCAGCAUCUGCUCGUCAUCUGCCUUUGCCUUUCACACCCCCCCCUUUCCGCCCGCCCCCAAUCUACUCUUCAGCCAUGUGUGCCACCCAUGCAUUUCUCUGAUUCGCAUUCAUGCACUCCUCCCUACCAUAUUUUCUCCACAAAGCUUGAGCGUUUCAGUCGACUUGUCCAAAGUUACAUAUUCACCGCCAGAUGGCGUCAAGCGAGCUGUCAUUGGCCUAGCUCCGGCACCUACGUUUGACCUUAUCGAUAGCUGCCCUUGGACAAUAAGCCCGCCCCCUCCAUGUCAACCUCCUAACCUCCUCAAACUCUAA